AUGACAGCUCAACUUGACCACAUUCCCGAGAAGCGAAACCCCUAUGUAGACCUGAUAUCGGACCAAGUGUUCGCAUUGAUCUCAUCCCUAGAUCUGGAUUCCGGACAUGUCCUCGAAAAGUGUGAAGUUGCAUACAAAACCUGGGGGGUCCUCAACGAGAAGCGCGACAAUGUUCUCGUCGUAUGCCAUGCGCUCUCCGGAAGUAGUGAUCUAGAAGAUUGGUGGGGCCCGUUGUUGGGGCCGGGAAAAGCCUUCGACUACACGCGAUAUUUGGUCUUUUGUGGAAACCUUCUGGGAUCGCCGUAUGGUUCAGCUUCUCCGCUCACAAUCAACCCAAGUACUGGAAGACCGUACGGGCCAGAGUUUCCGGAGACUUCUAUUAGAGAUGAUGUUCGAGCGCACAAACUCGUACUUGAUGCCAUGGGGGUCCAGUCAGUAGCAGCCGUGGUAGGAGGCUCGAUGGGAGGGAUGUCAGCUCUUGAAUGGCCGUUGUGCACGCCUGUUGGGUAUGUCAACACGAUUAUACCAAUCGCGACGUCAGCAGACCAUAGUGCAUGGGGCAUCUCUUGGGCUGAAGCCCAAAAGCAAUGUAUCUAUGCAGAUUCAAACUACCAGGAUGGAUACUAUGAUAUGGGUAGUCAGCCCACGAAGGGAUUGGCGGCAGCCAGAAUGGUAGCGUUGCUCACAUACCGUUCCGGCGUAUCCUUCGACAAACGCUUUGGAAGAAAAUCACCGGCCAAGAGAAAGGGACUGCAAAAAUCCAAAGAAGAUCUGGCUGAUGGGCAUUGCGGCAACGGUGUGAAUAGUAAUUCUCAAAACCCGAAGUGUGACGCCUUUAGGUCGAGAAAGCGCGCUCAGAUUGAGGCAAGCAACAGGACUCAGACCCGUACACACCGCACUCGCUCUCCGGUCUUCUCGGCUCAGGGCUACCUGAAAUAUCAAGGAGACAAAUUUAUCCGCCGCUUCGAUGCCAACUGCUACAUCAACUUGACAAACAAGAUGGAUACGCACGACCUUACGCGCGACAGAAUUGUGAGGGGAGAAGAAACAGACGAAGUAGAAGAAGCUUUCACUGAGGUCCUCAAAGCCGUGCCGGCAAAAGCUUUAGUCGUCAGCGUUGACACAGACAACCUCUUCGAGCCCGAACAACAAGUCAAGCUGGCCAAGUAUCUACCUGAUGCGACUCUCUCAAUAAUUCGAUCCGAGGAUGGCCACGACGGGUUCCUUCUGGAAUUCGAAGCUUUAGACGGUCUCAUCUCCGAGCGACUCAAGCAGCAGUGUUCCUGGGUGUACAAAGAUCCACCACUACUCGAAAGCAAUGGGACGGGUUCGGCUGCAGUCAAAGAUAGCGUCUUCGGUGAGGUCGAAUCAGAGUGGUGA